AAUGCAACCACAUUGCGGAGAAGUGUUGUAUUUUUGGUGGCAAAUACUUGGUAGAUGUUGCUAAAGUUGUUUAGCAUAAAUUUGUUUCUGCUUUGUACGUAUUUGUUACAGGCAAAUAUUAUGUGUUCUGCGGUUUCUAUUACAUUGCAGUUUACGCAAAAGGGAUCCUCUUGUAUUUUCAUUUUUUCCAACCAGUAAGCGGAAUAAUCGUGACCAGCUGCCAGCCGAUUCAGAGUACGAGUUUCUAUGUUGGAGAGUUUUAAUCCGGUGUACCAGGGUUUGUUAGGUAUUACAUUCUGGAACUGAAAGAACUUUCUGCCUUUGCCAUGGAUGGCAGCAUAUUCAAGAUGUUUUGUUGAGUUAGGGCUGAUUUCGCUAAUCGAUCUGCUAUUUCAUUGCCAGUUGUUCCCGUGUGGCCGGGUAUCCAUUGCAAUGUUGUGCCGGUCGUGGAAGCCAUCGCCAACAGUCUCUCAAUAGUUUCGUCUCGGUGACGAGCCCUAAUGUUCGACUUAAUGAAUUCAAGGCCUGAUUUAGAAUCGGUCAUUAUAACAGCGUUGUUGAUUCCGGAACGUGAUAAAUAUUGUAGAGCGACCCAGAUAGCCUCUAUCUCGGCCGACAUAAUGCACACAGAGUUUUUUAAUUUUAAGCUAAGGUGGAAAUCUGUCAAAUCGUCGUAAAUACCAAUUCCGCACGAAUCCCAAAUUCGGGAUGCAUCAGUAAAAAUAAUACGUCGUGAUGUGUAUUUGCCAUGAAUUAACGAUAGCGUUAUUUGUCUCAAUGUUCUUGUAUUAGUUUCUUUUUUUCUCCAUAGUCCCUCGGGUAGUUCUGUUUCAAUCUUGAUAUUUUCCCAUUGUUUUCGACUUAUAAUGGAUGAAGUUGUCAAAUCGAGGAUCGCAGGGAGCAACCGGAAUAAGAAGAGAAAUAUUUUUCUGGAAAAAGAAGCCAGUUGUCUGGUCCUGUCCUAGGUUACCACUGAGUAGGCUGAUCACUGUGUACUUUAAUUAUGUUUAACAUAGGAAAAUCCUUAUUCCAAAAUAUAUGUCGGCUAACGAGGGCUGAAAAGAUAGGUGAUAUCGUCCAAAAAAAGUUUCACACAGCUCGUGUACUAAGCGUUGCACAAGUUCAAAAAUCAGCGCCGCCAUUCAGUGGAACUGCUGUUGUGAACAAUGAUUUUAAGGAUAUCAAAUUAGAAGACUUCAAGGGAAAAUAUUUGGUUCUAUUUUUCUAUCCUUUGGACUUUACAUUUGUCUGUCCAACUGAAAUUAUAGCAUUCAGUGAGCGCAUUAAAGAAUUUCAUGAUUUAAACGCUGCUGUUGUUGGCGUUUCUGUAGACUCGCAUUUUUCACACUUGGCUUGGAUAAACACUCCUCGUAAAAAUGGAGGUCUUGGGAAAAUUGAAUAUCCCUUGUUAGCAGAUUUGACAAAAAAAAUAUCUGCUGAUUAUGGAGUCCUUUUACAGGAUGGUAUAUCUCUGCGUGGACUUUUUUUAAUUGAUCCCAAUAGCAUCGUUCGUCAAAUUACAAUCAACGAUUUGCCUGUUGGACGUUCAGUGGACGAAACACUUCGGCUUAUCAAGGCAUUCCAGUUUGUUGAGAAACACGGUGAAGUUUGUCCAGCCAAUUGGGACCCGAAGACCAAUGCAGAUACAAUUAAACCAGAUACAAAAGGAUCGCAAGAUUAUUUUCAGAAACAUGGCUAAUUGUUUAAUAUACAUGUAGUUUCAAUGAGUA